AGAUUCAGAGAUGAGGAGCAAGCCAGCAGGAUCAUCUCCCACAUCAAGACAUCACAAAGCCUUCACAUCAUGUGUCACAUCCCAGUCUUCUGCUGGAUCGCUGCUACAGUUCUGGAGGAUGUGGGGAAGAAGAGAAAAGAGGAAACAAGGACAGCACUACCUACAACCCUGACUGAGAUGUACAUCCACUUCUUGGUGGUUCAGGCAAAAGUGAAGAAGGUCAAGUAUGAUGGAGGAAUGGAGACAGAUCCACCCUGGAGUCCAGAGAGCAAACAGAUGGUUGAGUCUCUGGGAAAACUGGCUUUUGAGCAGCUGCAAGGAGACAACCUGAUCUUCUAUGAAUCAGACCUGACAGACUGUGGCAUCGAUAUCAGCGCCGCGUCAGUGUACUCAGGAGUGUUCACACAGAUCUUUAAAGAGGAGAGAGGACUGUACCAGAACAAGGUGUUCUGCUUCAUCCAUCUGAGUGUUCAGGAGUUUCUGGCUGCUCUUCAUGUCCAUCUGACUUUCAUCAACUCUGGAGUGAAUUUACUGGAAAAGCAACAGGAAACCACCCAGAAUUUGCAAGAAGAAGAAUCUGCAGACACUUGCUUGUACAAGGGUGCUGUGAAUAAGGCUUUACAGAGUUCAAACGGAAAACUGGACUUGUUCCUCCGCUUCCUCCUGGGUCUUUCACUUCAGACCAAUCAAAGUCUUUUACAUGGGCUGCUAGAACAGACAGGAUGUAGCUCACAGACCAAUCUGGAAACAGUUCAACACAUAAAGGAGAGGCUCAGUGGAAAUCUAUCUGCAGAGAAAAGCAUCAACCUGUUUCACUGUCUUAAUGAACUAAAUGAACAUUCUAUAUUGGAGGAGAUCCAACAGUCCCUGAGAUCAGGAAGUCUCGCUGCUGAUAAACUGUCUCCUGCUCAGUGGUCAGCUCUGGUCUUUAUCUUAUUAUCAUCAGAAAAAGAUCUGUUUGUGUUUGACCUGAAGAAAUACUCUGCUUCAGAGAAGGCUUUCCUAAGCCUCCUGCCAGUGAUUAAAUGCUCCAGCAUAGCGCUACUUGGUGGAUGUAACCUCUCAGACAGAAUCUGUGAAACUCUAUCCUCACUACUCAGCUCCCGUUCCUCUUGUCUGAGAGAGCUGGACCUGAGUAACAACAACCUGAAAGACUCCGGAGUGAAAGUACUGUCUGGGGGACUUGAGGGUCCACACUCUAAACUGGAAAAACUUAGAUUGUCAAGUUGCUCAGUCACAGAAGAAGGUUGUAGUGCUCUGACAUCAGCACUGAACUCCAACCAUUACCACCUGAGAGAGCUCGACCUGAGCUACAAUAAUCCAGGAGAGGCAGGGGUGAAGAUGCUGAAGCAGCUCCGACUGGACACACUCAGACUAAGUGGUUGUAACCUCUCGGACAGAAUCUGUGACACUCUAUCCUCAGUUCUCAGCUCCCACUCCUCUAGUCUGAGAGAGCUGGACCUGAAUAAUAAUGACCUGAAGGACUCGGGAGUGAAAACACUGUGUGGUGGACUAGAGAGUCCAUACUGUAAACUGGAAAUAUUCAGAUUGUCAGGCUGCUUGAUCACAGAAGAAGGUUGUACUGUUCUUAUCUCAGUGCUGAACUCCAACCAUUCCACCCUGAGAGAGCUCGACCUGAGCUACAAUGAUCCAGGAGAGGCAGGGGUGAAGCUGCUGAAGCAGCUCCAACUGGACAUACUCAGGGUGGAGCCUGCUGGAGUCCGAUGGUUGAGACCAGGUCUGAGGAAGUAUUCCUGUCAACUCACAUUCGACACAAACACAGUGAACACAAACCUCAAACUGUCUGACAACAACAGGAAGGUGACACGUGUGGAGGAGGAUCAGUCAUAUCCUGAUCAUCCAGACAGAUUUGACUUCCAUCCUCAACUAUUGUGUAGAGAUGGUCUGACUGGUCGCUGUUACUGGGAGGUCGAGUGGAGAGGAAACGUUUAUAUAUCAGUGAGUUACAGAAGAAUCAGAAGGAAAGAAAAUGCUAAACAUUGUUUGUUUGGAUGGAAUGAUCAGUCCUGGAGUUUGUAUUGUACAGAUGAUGGUCCUCAUUCUGUCAGGCACAACAACAGACAAACAUCCAUCUCAUCCUCCUCCUCUGUCUCUAACAGAGUAGGAGUGUAUGUGGACUGUCCUUCUGGCACUCUGUCCUUCUACAGAGUCUCCUCUGAAACUCUGAUCCACCUCCACACUUUCAGCACAACAUUCACUGAACUGCUUUAUCCUGGAUUCAGAGUCUUGUUUGGGGCCUCUGUGAGUCUGUGUGGCAUUUGAUAAGAAUCUUCACCUGUUUGAGAUGCACAGAAGAAGAAUUUAAAAAAUACUCAGACAUUCACAAGUUUAGUGCGCAGCCAGGCUUCAGCCUGAUGUCUGAUUGGGUGCGUAGCCUCCAGCUUACUUCCACAUGGAUGGCGGUCGUAGCUCAGGAGUAAGCUGCAUUUUAUUUAUAUGGCACCUUUCAAGACAAGGAUAACGAAGUGCUUCACAAUAAAAUUUAAAAAACGGAGCACUAAAAAAAAGACUUAACAAAAGCAAGUCUAAGAUGAUGAGUUUUUAGUUGUUUCUUAAAACAACUCACAGACGCUGUUUCUGGAAGUGUUCCUGAGCCCAUGCACAGAUAUUUUAUUGCAGCGCUAAUGAAGGUAAUAGCAAUCUCACUGAUCUGAAAAUGCCACCAAAAAUGCAAACUCAUGAGUUGAAGAGGAGUCGGAGGAGAUCAGGAAAUCGCCAAAUUUCAUUUUGGACGAACUGAGCAAAGUGGCUAAACAGCAAGGUAUGCUACAUGUCCUAAUAAAUGAGAUUAAACAACUAAAAAAAACCUGAUAAAGGAGAAGGACAAGAAAAUAGACGGCUUGGAACAGCGGAUCAAGGGCCUUGAACAAUACACAAGAAUGAGUAUUUAAUCAUAAGUGGACUAGAGAUGUAACACUGAACCUACACCAGAUCAACAGCUGGCAGAGGUAGAGACGGUGAAGAUGCCCCAGCAGAGGAGCUGCAAACACUUGAACAGCAAGUGAUAAAUUUCUCCAAAUGAAGAAUGUGAGUAUUCAGAGACAUCAUAUCACAACAUGUCACAUGCUCUGUAUAGAUAGUAAAACAAAGCCCAUUUUGAAGAAGCUAAAGAGGACUGGUGUGUAUUUCCAAUGAACAUUUAAUGAAAAAAACUGCUGAAAUUGCAAAACAGGCACGUAGCCUGAAAAACAAAACAAGAUAUAAGCACCAUGACCGAGGAACUGCAAAGUAAUGAUAAGACUCCUAAAGAAGUGAAAGUUCUGAUAAUAAGAGAACUCAGCGACUUAGAACAAUACAAACGAUCAGGAGUCUGCUCUUUACUGGAAAUGUGAUGACUGGAUAUUAUGAAUAAUGGAUGUGGAAACAUAAAUGACAAGGUUGGAUUAUAUGUUUCCAUGAAGAGGAAGACUUUGAUUAUGAAAAGGACUAUCAAGGUGGUUAUAAUUUCUAAUAAAUACAUUACUUUUAAUAUCGCUGUGUGGUUUUCAUCUGUAAAGCUGAAUAAGAUCAGAACAAAUGUCAAAAGAACAAAAGUGAGGGCAGAGGUAAAAAAUCACAUGAUAUUUAGAAUCUGCAUAUAUGAUUCCCUAUAUACUUUAAUGUUGUUACAAGCCUGCAGUAAGAACUGCAAAAACUGUUUUAAAUAGUUGUAUAUAGGAUUAUUAUUAUUAUUAUUAGGAUGAUUAUUACUUUGACCUUCAGCUCAAUCAUUGACCUUGAAAAAGAGGUCAGAGGUCAAAUGUUGCAUGAUAUUGUAAAUCUUUCUAUGGGACUUUCUAUAUGGUGAGAUUUCACACCACACUUGUAAGAAUCACAGGUUCUGAGUUAUGAGGCUUUUUUGUCAGUUCUCAAACAAUAACUCACUAAGCUGACCUUGAAGACCUCAGUGGAUGUAAACCAAAUUUUAAUGGAUUGUUAACACCACCCCAAUCUCCAAAGUUUUAUCAGAAUUCAUUCAAAACCUUUUGAGCUGUCAGUAGCCACUGGAGGGUGCUCUAACACUGCAGAUAAAUUGGAGGAAGACCUCGUUAGCUCAUUUGGUUAUAACUAGAACAGAUAUAACAGUUGUGUUUCAUAAAGAUGCUGAAAGUACACUUCACAUGUCUGAUGACAUGAAGCUGUUUUUCAGACUUCCUUAAACUCCUCCUGAAACACGAACACACCGAUAUGCAUAUGUGUAGAUUUCAGAGACACUCAAACAUGUGCACAUCCUAGUGUACAUUUUAAGUAAACCACACAGACAUGUAUUAAAAUGAAUGAAUCUAUGAGUGAUGUGACUUGGUGACACAUUUAAUCAAAGUUAAAUAAAAUCAGCUCGUUUUCUGGCUCAGGAUGAAUUUGAUUUUAGGUGUUUGGACCUCCUCGCUGUCAGCAGGUGUUGCUGAGUGUCUGUAAAUCCUUGUUGUCUCUAAACUAUGCUGCAGUUAGUGAUGAGUGUGCGUUCAUCCAUACACACCGAGCUUCCUGCCUGUGUCAAGGAGCUGCUAAUUAGCCUGUGUGUAAUUUUCAUUGUUGCCAAUUACAGCCAGAGGGGCUCUGUGCGUGCGUGUGUGUGUGUGCGUGCGUGUGUGUGUGUGUGUGUGUGUGUGUGUGUGUGUGUGUGUGUGUGUGUGUUUACAUUCAAUGCUAACGAGCCGGCAUGCCUUGCCAAGCGGUUGACCCACUUCCCAAAAGGAGGUCCCAAAGGACUAACACACAUGCGCACACACAUACACACACAAAACCACAAAGUAGUGGGCAUGUCCAUCAGGUCACAUGAUCACAUCUCUCAGCCUCAUCUUGAAUCUUAGGGUUGAAGGACUAGUUUUGCUUAGGAAGCUGACUGAGGUGGCUUCAAUGUUUCCUUUAUUAUCUCCCUUAGCAGAGAAAACACUGGAGCUUCUCUGAAAAGAAAGGACAUAAUUCCAUCCCAUAAUUCACAGUGACACUGUCCUUUUCAUUUCCUUGUGAUGUAGACCAUGUAAAUGUGAACUAUUAGUGCAUUUUCCAUUUCAUUGCAAAACCCACUGAUUUGUUUUGAAAGUUAGACUGUUAAACACUCACAUUACGCUGCUGUGAUAAAAUCCUCUGUGAUUGCAUGAAAAACAUACGUUUAUAUAUGAACAGUUCCUUUAGUCAAGAUUAAGAGCUAUAUUUGCAUGAUUAAAGUUCACUCCAUCCAUCCAUCCAUUAUCUGCUGCUUGUCCAUGUCUGGGUCAUGGGAGGAGCAGUCUCAGCAGAGAGACACACACCUCUCUCUAACAACGAGGCAUUCCCAAACCAGCUGAGAGGAAUAAUCUCUCCAUCUUGUCCUGGUUCCAUCCUGCAGCCUCCCCUCAGUUGGAAAUGCCGAAAAUACCUCACCUCGGAGGCAUCUUGGUCAGGAGACGAGGCUUUACUGUCAUCUCCCUGUCUGAGAAGAACGCUCAUUUCUGUUUUCAGGAUUAUCAUGACUAAAUUUUUACUUUGAAGGAGCCAGGACCUUACCUGGGACCUUAAAUGGGGGGGGAAAUGGGUAAGUAUCAGUUAGGAGCACUUAAACUUUCAAAAUAAGAGUGUCUGCACCAGUAGAACAAGAUGGACAUAGUAGUAUCUGUAUACUGCAUGCAGUACACUACAGCAAAAAGUAAAUGCCUGUGAGGCAUGCAAACCAAUCAGCACUCAAAGGCACCAACAUAACCAACUGUAAGUGAACUAACCACAGUUUAAAUGCACUUCACAAAGCCUAAUUUCAAGUGAAGCCAUACUUUAAUACAUAUAGUUUAUAAGAUUUAAAGCUAAAGCCAAAAUACCACAGCAGAACCUUAAAUCACCAAAGUUUAAAAACGAGGCUCAUCUCAAACGCAAACCACAGGACUGAUUUACAUUUUUUUAAAACAACAACAGAAAGAUAAUGUCAGCAUAUUUAUUCACAUAUGUAAAACACUUCAACUACAACAAAUUCAUUACAUGAAAAAUUCAUGAAAUUCAUUGAAUAUGCAUUAUAAUAUUAUAAUAACAAUAAAAAGAAGCACUGCUGUUUCCUAACUCCAACUGAGGUCUUUAUCAUGUCUUAAAAUGAUCACAGUGAAACUCCACUGAAGCUCCAAACAUUUGGCUUUUGACACUUAAGCUUUAAAAAAGCCACAUGGGGAAAUGAAGUGCAGUGCAGGUUUUUGUAUUUGGUUCCUUGUUCUCCACGACACUGAUUUGUCAGAAUAAGAUUUGUUGCCUCUUUUUCCAGGUGGGCUCACUGAGCGGAAUAAACUCCGUCACCUUUUCUGCUCCUCGCUGUUAAUCCAAUUAUCUGCAAAGUGUCCGGACCACCGCCUUCCUCACCUAAGAAAGAAGCCGCGAGCAGGAAGAAGCCGCGAGCAGGAAGACGCCGCUCUGUUUGCUCCAGUUUUGGUCCCACAGGAGAACACACACACACAUGCACACACACAAACACAUUUAUCCAUAUGAAGUGAUAAUCAGCAACUGCAGACACAUCAGGGUCGCUCAUCAGUUCACAGCCCUCUGAACUCUUUGUUUUCUCCACUGGCCUCAGCAUACAUGUGUGUAUGUGUGUCAUAUUCAAAUAAAGCUUUAUUGAGCCCUGAAGACGAACUCUAGUUCCUCUAUUAAGAGGUCAGAACACACACUGAGCAUCGUACUGGCGGACAAAGAGUCACAGUUUUUACCUUUUAAGUCUCUUAUCCAGCAUGUUUGACUGGGUAUCAGCCCAAAGAGUCAGAACCUGCUGCCACCAUGAGUCAGCUUCAGAUGAAGAAGAGGAAAUGGAUGCAUGUUCUUUGCUUUUCUUUCUGAAAACUAUUCAUCCACUCCAUUUUUCAUUUAUCAGGUGUAUCACUAGAAACCUGAGGAAAGGCUCUGUCAAAUUUAAUUUGUUUGGAUGAACAGUUCUCACAUUUUGGCUAAAAUUUGCUUGGCUUUCACAACAACAUCACAAAUGUGGCCUCAUUAGUAGGUGCGCUCAACAAAAUCUGCAUUAAUACUCUGAUUAUACAUUCAGCCUUGUUGCCUUUGGACUCCUUUAUUGUCUUUAUCUCGCAGUCUGUGGGGGUUUGUUGGAGUUGCAUGUUGGUGCAACGCCUCUGCCCUCAUCUUAGUCUCUGACAACCUCAUUUACAAAGCGAGGAUCUUCUUGGUCCACUUGGGGGUUCACAGUGACAUCAAAUUCCAGGAUAAAUGCUCUGAGGGAUCUCCUGCUCUCUUACAGUCACACUGAACACAGUGACAUGUUAAAUAUUCCCUCAUAAACAUGCAGCUAUAAGGACCUGCUAUAAAUGUCUUGUGAAUUGCAUCUGGAUUUCUCCUCAUUUACUGUAAAUGUAAGCUGGGGAACAUAGAUUGAUCGGGUGUGUAGAAACCAUGACACACAGCGGCCUUCCGUUCAGGGGCAUUCCCUCCCACUGCAUCAUAACCAGCUUGAAGAGGCUCUGACAGACAGCAGGAGAGUCAUUUCCUUCUUGGGCCUGUUUUUGGUCUGGAUUUAUUCACCUUUAGUCAGACCAUGGUGCCAUUAUCAGCAGAACUAUCAGCUUCUGUUUCUGACGUUGUCUUUGAUAGCAAACAGGGUUUCUGUGUACCCCUAAAAAGUCUAAAAAAAGUAUCUAUUUUGACUUAAAAGGAGCUUUAUGUUACCCAAGAAAACUGAACUACAAUGAUCAUUCUGCUGACUGUGUUUCCACACAGCUCAUGCUUGUACUCUAUAUUGGCUAAAACUGAUGAAAUACGCCAUCAUGCCGUCUCUUUCAUUUACUAUUUACAUUUUAUUUUGAUUUUUAAAGAGAGUUUUAUGCUAAUGGACAGAA